AUGUCAUCCCAGAACCAGUUAAAUGUUCUUCAUAAAUUCAAGGGUAUACUCUUUUCCACCAUGUCUUCAGAAGAACUUCUAAAUUCUCUGGAUUCUUUUGAUGCAAGAGAAGAUGAUGUGUUCCUGGUUUCAUAUCCAAAAUCCGGCACUCACUGGGUUGCAGAAGUCAUUGGGAGUAUUCCCAACGCUAAAAUGACUGUAACGUCACCUAUUGAAUUUGGAGACAUUUCUAAAUUUGAAGAGCUAAAAAUGCAUUCUAAGAGAAGAGUAAUUCCAACGCAUUUGAACUAUGACAUGCUACCCAGGAAUAUUAAACAAAACCAAUGCAAGAUAAUCUACGUCAUUAGGAAUCCAAAAGAUACAGCUGUUUCUCUGUUCCACUACUACAGAGAUAACCCUAAUCUCCCCUGCAUCGAGACGUGGGCUGUGUUUUUAGAGCUAUUCCUAAGAGGAGACGUGGUGUAUGGAUCCUGGUUCGAUCACGUUUUAAGCUGGGAAAAGCACAAAGACAAUAAAAACAUUCUAAUAAUAUCCUAUGAGGAAAUGAAAAAAGAUCUUUCUAAAAGCAUAAGGAAAAUGACGACUUUCCUUGAUAUAAAUGUGAGUGACAGCGAAAUCAAUAAGAUUGCUUGGAAAACAUCAUUCAAUGAAAUGAAAAACAACGCAGCCAAAGAAAAUCAUGAUGCAAAUCAUACCAUCUGUGCUCUGACAUCUAACAGGAACCUGGUCUUUAGGAAAGGUGCAGUGGGUGAUUGGAUAAACUACUUUACUUCAAAGCAGAAGAGAGUAUUUGAUGAACUAUUCACACAGAGAAUGAAACACAGUGAACUGGCAAACCACUUUGAAGAUUACUUUAAAUAG